GGCAUCACUGGUGGUGGUGGUGGUCAAGUCAACGCGUACUAAUUUGAUAAGUUAGCGAACAAUAUAGAUAUUUUUUGUUUCCUUUGUACAACAAAGAUAACUUUGGACAAAAUGUGCUCACUGAUGUGAAUUUUAUUGUUACAGCAGUCAACCAGUUCGCUUUCAUACCAGUGUCACAAUUUACUUGUUUUGUAAAACCUUUUGAAGUAGAUUUUUUUGUCUGGUUCCAUUUAUUAUGUAAAUAAUUUUUUGACCGCAUAAAAUUCGCAAAACAUUAAGCAUCGGUUGAAGGGAUUAAGUAGAGUUCUAAAUUAAGAUACCUUUCAAAUUUAUUUCAUACCAUACAAAUAAACCAUGUCUAAUCGUCGACUAAAGGGACCUGGAUUAAAAAUUCAGGUGGAGGAGGCAUCCCACUCAAAUCCGGUGACACCACCAAGAAAUUUAGACAAAACGGCCACUAUUACAAUAGGCAGCAAUACAUUCGUUGUUGAAGCAGAUAAUUUAGAAAAAAUCUGCGAUCUUGGCCGCGGAGCCUACGGAAUUGUAGAGAAAAUGCGCCACAAACAAACAAAUACAAUCAUGGCAGUGAAACGAAUAACAGCUACUGGACAAACACAGGAACAAAAGAGACUGCUAAUGGACCUGGACAUUUCCAUGCGUGCCAGUGACUGUCAAUAUACAGUCCAUUUUUACGGGGCUUUGUUCCGUGAGGGUGACGUCUGGAUUUGUAUGGAGGUGAUGGAUACUAGCAUAGACAAGUUUUACCCUAUCGUGUUCAAGAACGGCAGGAAAAUGCCUGAGGAUAUACUCGGCAAGAUCGCGGUCGCAGUUGUUAAUGCACUUAAUUAUCUCUACACUAAGCUGCGCGUAAUUCAUAGAGACGUAAAACCGUCCAACAUUUUAAUCAACAGAGCAGGGGAUGUGAAAAUGUGUGACUUUGGCAUUUCAGGUUAUUUGGUAGACUCAGUUGCGAAGACCAUUGAUGCUGGAUGCAAACCAUAUAUGGCACCCGAAAGGAUAGAUCCCCAAGGAAAUCCUGGAGAGUACAACAUAAAAUCUGACGUUUGGUCCUUAGGCAUUAGCAUGAUUGAGAUGGCCACCGGCAAUUUUCCUUACAGUUCAUGGGGCUCUCCUUUCGAGCAACUGAAACAGGUUGUUAAAGAUGAACCCCCGCGAUUAAAAUCGGAUGAGUUUACCGAUGUAUUCAAAAAUUUUAUUAUCGCUUGCCUACAGAAAAAUUUCCAAACACGGUUUAACUACGAACAGCUACUUGAUCAUCCAUUUAUUAAAGGGCACACAGAAAAAGCGACAGAUGUUGCGACAUUCGUUAGCGAAAUACUGGAUUUGACAAGCACAGCUUGAUGAUCCUAGUGAUAAUUAGGAAUUUAGUUAGAGGGUUUAUUACAGUUAAAAUCAUACGUCUAAAAAUAGGAUUUUUUGAUUGCGAUUUAAUUUGCCACCUCUAAAUGCCAUAUUUUCCUUUUUUUUUUUGCUAAUUACGCAAUUACAUUACAUACACUAUCAAAUGUUAAACUCUAACUUAGUUUUGUUAAACAAAAUGAAAUGUUUUAUUCGUGAAUCCCAGUUUUAAUUGAGUAUUUCGUACAAAUUUAUCAAUUCUUAUUAAAGUCAGCAAUCCAAUCGUUGUUCCAACCAGCAUGAUAGGUAGAAACUAAAUUAUACAUAACUUGUUUUAACGCAAAAUAAAAUGGAAUGCAAGAUGGAAUGGUAGGGGACUUUCUUCAUUGUUCCGUAUGCCAAAACUUGCAUGCAUGUACUAUAGUAGUCACGUUAUCUAUGAUAAAGCUAAGUCUUUUAUUCGCGGAAUAAAUUAUCACCAUUAUAUGCUGCUAUAAAUGAUCUAUCGUUCGAGAUUUGUUUAUCUCAUCAAAUGAUCGCAAUUCAACAUUUGUCUUCCAGAAGCACAUUUCCGAAAGAAGUUUGGUAUAAGCGUGGCUGAAAUGAAACGA